UUUCUCUGUGUGCACUUUUCGAUGUCGUAGCUGUUCUCCGUCGCAAAGGGAAAAGUGCGUUCGUCUUUUGCGGAUCUGGUCGUGAAAAUUUGGUUAAAAUGGUGCAAAACAGUCCACUGCCCCGUGCGGUGUGAGACGUGAGGUGGUUGUGGGUAACGGCUGUGUUGCUGCCCAAUAUUCGGUGGAGGUGACGAUUUCACGCAUCUCCUCGGUUGCGGGAACGGCGGGAGUGUGCGAGUGUGGAGGUGCGUUUAGUGAUCUGUGAAUUGUGUGGUGAAACUUGAAAAAAGAAAAUCAAACCCGACACUGCUGUGUUGUCGCUGGGAAAAAGAAGAAAAUUGUGCAAAAAAGCAAUCGCGUUUGUGUUAGUGUGUGUGUGUGCUUUUUGACGUAGCGUAAACGGUGUCUGUGCGAGAAAAAAUACGUGUAAAACUCUUUCUCCCCACACAUCAAAACCGGCAAAAGGUAUCUUUUCCUUUGCGUAAACAUAAUCGAGCGAAGCAAAAGCGACAACAGCAAGCGUGCGAAGAGUCUGCGACAGCCAGAAUCAAAUAUGGCCGUUCGUGCGCCAGCAUCAUCGUCGACUUUGCCGUCUGCUCCAUCGCUGGGGACGGUCGGGUCGCCGUAGACGUUUCCCCCCACCCCCGGGAAACGUACGCGACAGGACAGCAGCGGAACGGCAGCGUGUGUUGUUCAGUCACAGUGUAAAAAGAUGCCUCAUCGGUUUCUGGUAGCUCAAUGGAUUCAACGACUCUCGCGUAAACUGUACGACAGCGAAUCCUACUGCAAACUAUUGCCACUACAGUCAAGAUGCAUCUGCAUACGCAAGUCGUCUUGAUAUUAGCCCAGCUGUUCCUCAUUGUACACGUGACGGAUCAGACAAAAUGUGCCCUAACGUCCACGUACGGUACCGUCUCGGUGAGCUACUUCGCGACGCUACCGUCCGCACCGGACGCCGACGCCGAUCUGGACGUCGAGGCCGACGCCGGGCGCCACCGGAUCGACCUGACGCCGCUGGUGCCGACGGCGGACUACUCGCCGCCCCAGUCCGACUAUCCAACCUACAAUGAUGACACCGAAGAUGUAAAUAGCUUUCUCAAGGUGCUGACCUGCUCCGACACGAGCCUGCGGGCGGUCAACGAGGAGUACCUGCGGCCCGUCAACUCCUACAAGGGCAUCCUGCUGGAGCGCGUGCCAGUGCAGAGCCCGGCCAGCGACCAGCUCGCCCUGAAGAACGAGAACUAUCUCGAGAUGGUGCGCUGGCGGGACAGCAACGUGACCGAUCAGCAGUUCGCCCUCACGUUCGCCCGGGACGGGCGGAAGUUUAGCAACCUGAUGAUACUAGACCUAAGCGCAAACUUACUUAGCACGUUAAGGAGAGACUACUUUAGCAGACUGGAGCGGCUGAAGCUGCUGCAGCUAUCCGCGAAUCAAUUACACAAUCUUCCGAGUGAUAUUUUCACCGAUCUGCCGAACCUGGUCGAGCUCGACCUGCACGGCAAUCGGCUCGGCGAGCUGCCGCUGCACCUGUUCCGGCCGCUCGGCCGGCUGCGGGUGCUGAACCUCGCCAACAAUACGAUCCACGAUCUUCCGCGCAACAGCUUCGCCGGGCUCGGCAACCUGACCGAGCUGCACCUGGCGCACAACCGGCUGUACGUGGUGCCGUUCCAGGUGUUCAAGGAGCUGCGGGCGCUCGAGGUGCUGGAUCUGUCCAGCAACAUGCUCGUCUCGUUCCUGGACAACUUCUUCCUGCUCAACAAGCAGCUGCGCGUGCUGCGCCUGAACGGCAACAUCAUCGAGAAGAUCUCCAAGAACGCGCUAUACGGGCUGCGCCGGCUGCAGUCGCUCGACCUGUCCGGCAACAAGCUGGUGUUCAUCGACCGGAACGCGUUCGACACGCUGGACGAGCUGCGGUACCUGAACGUGAACCAGAACCAGAUCUACAUCCUGCCGUCGACCGUGUUUUCCGCGCUCCGGUCGCUCCGGUCGCUCGAUCUGAGCAACAACCUGAUGCGCUCGCUGCCGAACUCGAUCUUCGCCAGCCAGCACGCGCUGGUACGGUUGCACCUGGACGCGACCAACCUGGAAACGCUCAGCAACUGGGUGGCGCGCAACAACCACACGGUGAACAAGGAGGUGCUGCGCAGUCUACGCUACCUCUCGAUACGCAACAACACCCGACUGAAGGAGAUCGAGCCGUGCGUGUUCCGCAAUGUGCCGCACCUGGAAACGCUGCUCCUGUCCAACAACAGACUGACCAGCCUGCCGAAGGAGAUUGGCGAGCUGCGCCGGCUGCGCUACCUGGACGUGGGCAGCAACGAUAUCAUGUACAUCCCGGAGCAGAUACGCACCCUGCACGAGCUGCAGUACGCCAACUUCCUGGACAACGAUUACGGCUGUGACUGCCACAUGUACUGGAUACUGAGCUGGCUCGACGAGCUGCAGGCGGAGAACAACACGCAGAAGAUUUACGAUCUGCUCCGCCUGUCCGAGCUGAAGUGCCGCAACGGCUAUCCGGGCGACAUUGUGCGCGUGCUGCAGCACAUCAGCUGCUUCAAGCCGGAGCUGCUUCAGUCGUCCGAGAGCCGGAUGCAUCUGCUCAAGUCGGACGCGGUGCUGGAGUGCGUGUUUACUGGCAAUCCGCCGCCGGACAUUAUCUGGAUCACGCCGAAGAACGAGAUCCUGCGGCACAGCCAGGAGCAGGAUCAGAAAUCGCUGCUGUUCGAGGAUGAGCCGGGCGGCGGCGGCGGCAACCGCAAGUACCAGCAGGCGGUCGAAUUCCAGAUGCUCACGAUGGACAACGUAACGGGCGAUGGGCUGCACGAGGGGAUAACGCUGCUCGAGAAUGGCUUCCUGCGGAUUCACAACAUUUCCCGGCGCGACAGUGGGCUGUACACGUGCUACGCUAUUAAUAUCAUGGGCAAUGCCACGGCCGAUAUACGCCUCUACAUCGAUCCAAUCGUGUUCUAUCGCGUCAAGAUCGGUAGCAUCAUUACCGGUGCAAUUUCGGCGGCCGCCUUCCUAGCGCUGACGCUGAUCUUCCAGGGCAUUCGGCGCAUCUUCAUCCGCUUCCACAUCGUCGAUCUGAUCUGCCAGAACUGUUGCAGCUACUGCUACAAGAACGACAAGACGUCGUCGAAGGCGCGCCAGAUCUACGCGAUGCUGGACAACAUCGAACACUACAAGAGCCAGCAGCUGGAGCGGCUGCGCGAUAACUACACGCAACAGGUUCAUCGCAUCAAGGACAACUGUGCCCAGCAGGUCGAUUGGAUACAGGGCAGCUACUCGACGCAGGCGAAACAUUUGCGCGAAAUCCGAGACAUUGGAACGCAUCAUCUCACCACGCUGCGGGAUCAGUACUACGAUCAGGUCCGCCGGGUACGUGACUAUUCCACCGGUCAGCUGACCUGGGUGCGGGAGAACUACGUGUUCCAGCGCAACAAGAUCCGCAAGUUCAGUGCCCACCAGGCGCUUCGGUUGCGCGAGGGCUACAAGUACCAGCAGCAGACGCUGAACAAGGUGCUGGAAAAUCUGCCCAGCUUCUACUUCGAGAACUGCCGCGGCCGCAACGAAGAGGACGAAGAUUUCGAUGGUUUUGAGGUGUAUCUGAAGGCAAAGAUCGAGAAGCUGUCCCAGAUGGAAGGCAACGAAGUGCCACCAACGAAGGUGCUCGUCGGCUCGGACUACGCGCUCAAGUAUCUGGAGAACUUCUCCACCAAGAGCGUGGACGAGAGCAAAGCGUCCGUGUACUUUACGCCGAACGAUGACGAGCCGGCCACGCCCGAGCCCCAGAUAUCACCCAUCCACAUCAACUACCUGGGCGGCCGGCCACCAGCGGGCCUCGAGCACGACGAUGAGGACGAGGCCGUGGGCGGUGGUAUGGCUGCCGGCAAGCUGCACCUUGGCGCCGCCGCCCUAGCGAUGAACGCCAGUCACGCCGACACGCCGAAAUCGUUCAAAUCCGUCAUCGCCGGCAGCGGGGACAUUCCGCUGAAAUCGAUCAUGAAGCCGACGACGCGCUUCAUGUACGACAAGCAUCUCGGCAAGUACCGGCUGUGCCAUCAGCAGCCGAACCGGCUGAGCGGUGGGUAUGCGGACGAGGACGAGCUGGCGGUCGGGCCCGAGCUUGGGCUGACCGUUGCCAGCCCGCUGCUGCUCGGCUUGGGCGGUGCGGCGGCAAAGGGUGGCGCCGGUGGCCCGGUCGGCUACGAGGCGGCCGCUGCCACCACCCUGCUCGACGGUGUCGAUUCGGCCGACGACGAUCAUCACAACUACAGCCUUAAGAACAAUCGCAAGCACCGGCGCAAGAGGAAACUGCUGCUCGGGCCGUCGCACGGGAGCGGUAGCGGCGGUGCCGGUGGUUCCGGCAGCGGCGGAUCCGGUUCGGCCAGUGCCUGCGAGUACGAGACGCUGCUGAUGAAGAAUCUCAGCCACGAUCCGCGCGAAUCGCACUACAAAAUCAUCCACAUCAACAAGCUGAACAAUGGCGUGAGCAACAGCAACUACUUUGGCGGUAUGCUGGGCAGUGGUGGCACGUCGGCCUGCGACAGUGGAUGGCUGGCAGGUCGAGCCGUUAGCCGGCGGCAUCAUCGACCGACGGCGGCGGCUGCUGCAGCCGUUGCUACCUCGUCGCUUACGGCGGGCGAGAACGAUUAUUACUACUCGCUGGAGGAUAUGAUACAGGAUAGCAAUCAGAAAAUACGCCAGCUGAUCUACGACUCCAAGAUCGACAUUAUGAACGAGGUGAUCAACACGGGUGGAGCGGGCACCAGCGGCAGGGGGGAAACGUCCGGUAGAAGGGGCGUGACAGGUGGUGGACGCGCUCGAAGCAACGGUGCCGGUGGGAACAACAGCAAGAGCAUCAACAAUAUCGAUGGUGCGGGAAGUUCCGGCGGCGGCGAUGGUGGUAUGGCCAAGGGAGCGCAGAGUAUGGUGGGACUGGGGCACGGUGCCGCCAACAUUCCGAACGACGAGUACGAUCUGUGCAGCAGCAGCAGUAGCAGCAGCCGCAACAACAGCUACAGCACCAACGCUAGUCGGGACAGCUACAAGCAGCAGCAGCAGCAGCCGAAACAGUCGCAGCAACAUCAACCGCAUCGUAGCAACCAACACCAGCAUCAGGCACGGCAGGCAGCGGCACCGACCGACACCAUGGUAACGAUCGGCGGUGGCUCCACGUCCGGCUCACCGCCAACCGGUGCACCGACGACCAUCUCUCUCGCUGCCGGGGGCGGCAAUGCUGCAACGAAUCACCAGCAGCACCACCCGGUGAAAAAGAUGCUCCACAAGCUGCACUUCGACUCCAGCACGAACCGCAUCCAGCAGAGUACCAGCCUGCCGGAGAUUUAUUUCAACGCGGGCGCACCGCCGACCGGCCCAACCGGCGCCAGCAGCCGUAUGAAUGGGGCGAUCUCGAUGGCCGAACCGGCACCGCCGGGCCUGGGCUCGCCCAACCAAACCGGCUCCACCAUAUCGUCCAACUUUUCGAGCGCAUCCGGCUCGAUCGGCGGAAGACCGGAGGAGCCAACUGGUGGUGGCGGUGGUGCCCAACCGGCGCCGAAAGUGCACGGUGGAAAGCAUGUGAUUUUAGCGGUAGAGAACAGCAAGGAGACGGCCGCACCGAACAACAGCUGGCAGUCGACCGAUCAAACUAAUGGGGGCGGCGGCGGCGUCGGCGGCAACAGCUCGUCCAAGUCGUCCUCUCCCUCGCCGGCCUCUUCAUCGUCGUCGUGCGCCUCCCCAUCGCCGCCCGCGUCGCCUAUCGAGUCAAAUAUCAAUAUUAAUGGUAAUGGUAGUAUUUGUUGAAAAGAGCAGCACGAGAAAGCAGUAAUGAAGUAAUUCGAGGAGGGGGAGAAAUGGGCACUGCAGGGUUUGCUCUUGCACUGGGGCGCGACACAUUGCACAUCCAAGCAGGCGGCGGCUUAAGCGGAAGCAAAAGGGACACUUGCAAAGGAAAACUUCAAAACCAUUCUCCCAAACCGUACCAAAAACAGCAGAACACAGGAUCGGAAAGAGCACAUCGAGCAAGUACUGUAUAACAAACACACACGAAAAGAUGUUACAAAAGUUAUACCAUCCGAAGGUAUCUCUUCUUAGGUCGUUUAAAGAAGGCAUCCUGUUUAGAUUAGCAGAAGGUACGGGAGUGUUCGCGCACGCAGCCAGCCAGCACACAGCCACAUCAACCCGUAAAAUCCCAUUUCAACUUUGUCAAUUGUGUGUGUGUGAAUGUGUGCGUGUCAUCCGAGGUGUAGCACCCAUGCUCAGACUAAUUCGAGUUACCAUUGCAAUGAGGAUGAAAUAUAAGCUGAAGUGAGGCUGGCGAGCUAGUUCUAAAAAGCCCCCGCGCCAAUGGAAGGUUUAGUAGUUUGCUUGGAUGAUGUAGCCCGUUUAAAAGUGUGUAGCCGCAUCACUUCUCCCUCCCUUGACGAGAUUAGUGUCUAUGUGUGCGUGUGUGUGAGAGAGAGAGAAGGAGUGUAUGCUCCUGUUGCGUUGUUGCUGGGUUGUAUCAAAAUAGCAACACACACUCUGGUCGGGUUGCUGCAACUGAAGAAAAAAUGGCAAAGCAGCGCAAUUAUUAUAUCAGUAACAGUAGAAAACCACAAUAUCCAUUUUCUUACUAGGUUUUCCAGGAGUUCUCAUAGCUGUGGGAUACUUUAUUGACUCUUUCAUACGUGAACUUAAUGUAAUGGGAAUUGGAUUCUAUAGUACCAUUAUUGGACAAAUAGGAAUGGAUGAUCCAAUAGGAAUUUCCAAGGAGCCUGUCCAAAACGGUUGCUAUAGAAUCCAAUUUCCAUUAUAUGAAGUUCAUUUUCCAAUACGAAAGAAUCAAGGAAGUGUCCCACAACUAUGAGAACCACUGGAAAAUCCUGUAUUGUGCUGUCCUCCCUAUUGCCCAACACACAAACACACACACACUCACAAAAGGAUGAACAAAAAAAGCCACAGCUCUUACCCAAUGCAAAGUUGCAAUUUGUGGAAGGUGAAAGAUAAUACUAUCAUUAUUAACUAUGAUUACGAUUCUAUACAUAUACAUACUUAUAUAUACACACACAAACAAAAAUCACACACACACAUAUUUACAUAUAUCUCUGUUUAUAAUUAAUAGGAAAAAAAGAAAAGAAGAAAAUCAUACAAACAAACAAACAAAUAAGGGUGAAAAAUGAACGGCACGCGGGCACAGUGUGGUGUACGUGCUGAAAGUGAUAGAAUUUCAAAUCUGGGAUCUGGGCUUACAAAUAGUAGAUUACAAUUAUGACACCUUAUAGAGGCGGGGUGGGCAAAUAUAUGUGUGUGUUUGUGGUGUGUGUGUGUGUAUGUAUGGGAGGGAAUUGAAAUAAUACGAAAAUAAUAAUAAUAAUAAACGGUACAGGGAGGAGAAACGCGGGCAUAUUCGGAUCGAGGGAACGAAUACAAGGGAGAACAGGGAAGGGGUGGGAAAGCAAUUGGAAACAGGGAAACACACACACACACACACGCAUGUACACACAUAUGGUUGAGUAGAGAGAGAGAGAGAGAGAGAGAGAGAGAGAGAGAGAGAGAGAGAGAGAGAGAGAGAGAGAGAGAGAGA